UGGGAAUUUUGAGGGAAACGAAUGAAUGAAUGAAUGAUUCUCAGACGAUGGUAGAUACAAGCUGGGUACGUCCGAGGCGGUCGCUUGAUAAGACAAAUGGAGAACUCUGACCGUUGUCUUCGCGAUGGAGCCAUUCAUGCUCCACCUGGCAAUAAGCAUUUUUGAAUCCGGGAAUCGGAUUCGGUACGUUUAGGCGCUUUACCCUCUUUCUCGCUCAGCGUUAUGCAUGUGUCCGCAUUGCAACUGAGCGUAGACAUGGCAAACACCGAUGUCCUCAUUAAAAUCAAGUAUGCUUACGUGGCCUUAUUAACCCUGUGGAUUUAUGACUACGUCAUCACAUUGGAUGAAGAGCUGUCAUUUGUGAAGGGAUCCAACUGGAGAGUCGUCAAAUAUCUCUAUCUCGUCUGUCGAUAUGUACCCUUCUUUUAUCUCACUGUAGUCUCAAGUCCAGAAAGCAUAUUGUUUGUACGCACAUAUGCCGUUUGGGACCGUUCCAAAUGGGUGUUAUGGACAUUCAUCAUCAGUCUUCUUUUGUCAUUCUUGUUAAAUAUAACUCCUCGACAAUCGUCACCAAUUGGAUCGCCACCGGGGUGGCGGGCUGUUCCAAGACGGGUGAAACUUCUACUGUACUUUAUGUUUGCUAACUACCGAAAUGAACGGGGCGCUAAGGUGCUAAGGGUCCUUGUGCAGCAUAAUAUAUUCUACUUCUUGUGCGGAGUUGCAUCAUCUGGCAUACUCAUAAUUGCGAUUGCGAUAUUUCCUGCAUCAUACUCUGAUUUGGUGUCCAGCAUACAAAUCACUGUCCAUGCCGCCCUGGUCACGAGAAUGCACCGAACAUUAUGGAGAUACAAUGCAGAUUAUGCCCAUCCGGAUGAAUUUUCACUGACUACAUUCAACGCCCCUCCACCAUUUCGGUCGCGGACUGUGCAAAGUGCGAUUGUUUGUUAAUGGACGAACCUUUUGGAAAAUAAAAUCGGGAUAUCACUUGGAUCUCACCCCUCUGGACAGACAUUCGAUGCGACCAUUCUGAUCUCAAUGCAUGAUGACACCUCUUAUGCGAAUGGACGUCUUUUUUCCUGACAAGAGCCCCUCGCGGAGACAUAUAGGAGCGAGCAUGGCGGCAGUCAUUGAUCAUCUCUUGCUCGCCCUCGAGCAGCAUACGAUUUACUGUUUUAGUCAAAACACCAUAGCAAGCCAUCGGACGUGGCUCAGUCAAUGUCAGAUGAUGAU